AUGGCGACCAACGACGCCUAUAAGACCGCACGCAUCGAAGACCGAUUCUUCAUCGACGGCGAGUUUGUGCCUUCCAUCUCAGGAAAGAAAUUCGAUCUCUAUGACCCAACGAGCGAAAAGCUUGUGGCUUCGGUGUACGAAGCUGGCGCUGAAGAUGUGGACCUCGCCGUCGCAGCCGCGAAGGCCGCAUUCCCAGCCUGGGCUGCACUCAACGCUGCCGAGCGAGCAGGAUAUCUGUAUAAGUUGGCAGACGCCAUCGAGAAGAACAUUGAUGAGCUGGGCUAUGUCGAGGCCAUAACCAUGGGGAAGCCGUUUGUAGGCGAUUUGUUCACCCAGUAUGCAAUCCACAUCCUCCGGUACUACGCGGGCAAAGCUCUCGACGUGCAAGGUGAAUCAUCUCUCAACACUGCCGGUUCGGUCAACAUUACUCUCCGUCAGCCUUUUGGAGUCUGUGGAGCCAUCAUUCCAUGGAACGUUCCCCUGGUCAUGCUCGUCAACAAGGUCGGGCCCGCCCUUGCCACCGGAAACACCCUCGUCCUCAAAUCAUCCGAGAAGUCGCCCCUGUCGUCUCUCGUUGUUGGAAGGUUAGCCCAAGAGAUUGGACUGCCCAAGGGUGUCCUCAACAUCAUCAGCGGCUUUGGCCGCCCCGCCGGUGAGGCGCUAUCCAAGCACAUGGACGUGCGCAAGAUCUCUUUCACAGGCUCCGUCAUCGCCGGCCGCGCCAUCAAGAAGGCCGCCGCCGAGUCGAACCUCAAGAAAGUCACGUUGGAGCUUGGUGGGAAGAGCCCGCUUGUCCUCUUCGAUGAUGCGGAUCUCGCAAAGGCAAUUCCAGCCGCAUCGUUCUCCAUCCUCGCGAAUUCCGGGCAAGCUUGCAUCGCCAGCUCGCGGGUCUACGUGCAUGAGAAGAUUGCAGCUGCGUUCACCGAGGGAAUGAAGGCCGCCAUGGUCCAGAUGGGUAAAGUGGGCAACCCGCUCGAGGCAGGCACCCAACGAGGCCCACAAGCCGACAAAGUCCAGUUCGACCGUGUCAUGUCAUAUCUCCAGUAUGCAAAGGACAACAAGCUCGAUAUCUCGCUCGGCGGCGACCGAUCCGGCAGCGAGGGCUCGGGCUACUUCAUCGAGCCAACCAUCAUCUCUGACGCACCAGAGGACUCCAAAGUCAUGAAGGAAGAGAUCUUCGGCCCAGUCGUUUGUAUCAACACGUUCACGGAUGAGGAUGAGGUGCUGAAGCGCGCCAACGACACUGAGUUCGGGUUGUACGCGUCAGUCUUCACCAAGGAUAUUUCGCGAGCCCUCCGGGUGGCCAAAGCUCUUGAGGCUGGUCUGAUCGGUGUCAAUUGCACCAGUCCCACCAUGGCUAUCGAUAUGCCUUUUGGCGGAUGGAAGCAGAGCGGAGAUGGUAGAGAACUCAGUAAACACUCGUUCAAUCACUGGACCGAGCUGAAGACUGUUUUCAUCCAGCUAUGA